AUGCUUUCAGGAAACCAAAAUGUUGAUUUAAUAGGAAGAUUAUUGAAGAUGAGGAGCACAGCUAUACCAUAUAACACAGAAUUUCUAAAAGAUAAGCUUCUUGUCUUUUCAUUAUUCGUAGAAAAUGCAUCAUUUUGCAUUUUAGCGAAGUCUGGAAACUGUGUGAUCAUUGAUUGUGGUAUUGAUUGGGCUGUACAGCUAAAUGCCGAAGCUUUAGCUAUGGAUAUCGAUCAAAUCAUUACAACAUACCAAGUUAAAGCGAUUAUCAUUACUCACGAGUAUUUUGAUCACAACAAAUUAACAGAUGUUAUUAAAACGGCUAAAUCCAAUAUUCAACAAGAAAUUCCUGAAUUCAGAGUUGGAAAAUUAAAUGAAUUUUCACCAAGUCUCUUAGAUACUUUCUUACCAGGUGUCAAAUUCGAUUUAUUAUACCCAAAGAAUAUCAGAGGUGGCUCUGAUAUCCAUAUUUACAAGCAACAACUCGUAUAUGUCAAAUAUGGCAAGACUUCUUUGUUUUUCCCAGGAGAUUCCACUCCAGAUACGCUUGAAAACGUCAAAGAACCAGAAUUAUUCAAGCCAGGAGAUGAAUGUACAAUAUAUUUCUGGCAACAUCACGGAUCUAAGUAUAACGGCAGUACAACACUCUACAACCUCAAUCCGAAGUGUGUAGUAUUCAGUGCCGGUCCCAGAGUUCACCAAUCAAGUGCAAAAGAGGAUGGAACUUCAAGUUAUUACGGAUUUCCAAACCAAUCAAUCGUAGUACACGCUCUUAGCAAGGUCGAUGACAGUGAACUCCAUAAUGUCCAUCUUUUCCCCGAUUUCUUGGCCGGAUAUUCUGAUUUAACACCAGAAUUCCAGAAAUGCUUGACAGACUCGGCCAUUUACACAACCAGCUUCUGCGAGUGCUUGUUCGGAUCGCAAUCCAUCAAAGGAACAGUCAUUAUGGUCGAUGAAAACGAAAAUUAUAAUAUUUUGAAGACUCCUUAUCAUCUUACAGAGGAAUUACCAGCAAAAAUUGAUUACCAGUACCAAAACCAGGCUGAUUUGAUCAGUUUUGUCCUGUUUGGAACCGGAAAAGCCUCAGAAAAACAAAAUCUUUUGUAUUUUACAGCCAAAAACUAUCUUUUUACCAGAACAAUAUCAAAAUCAUCAUUCAAAGGAUUCGCCAACAGUGAUGAAUUCCUCUAUUUCCUCAUGUCUCUCGUUUGGGAGCUGAUUUUGACCAGAUCUUUGCUUUUGGAGACAGAAUUGGCCAAAUUCCCAUUCAUAUCUGUCUCCUUUAGUGACUUGUUGACCGGAUACAAGUACCAGCAUCUUAUUUCGGACGCAAUGAAGAAAUUAUUUUUAAUCCACAGAGGAUCGAUGCGAAACUUCCUCACUCCGCUCAUUGGUAAGGAACUAAAGCGUCAUCACACAGGAAAUCCUUUCAAAUUUGUCACUUUUGAAAAUCUUUAUCUCAGAUUUUCGAAUUCCAUGGAUCUUUCUGGUUCAAUGAUGACUAUUUCCAACACCAAUGCUCCUUACGAACCAAUUCCGAUCGAUUUCGUCAAAGAAGGACGAGAAAUCUAUGAAUAUUUUUAUUCAUUGAAAGGAGUUGAUUCAAUUUUCAAUUUAGUUGUUAACCACAUCAAAACACGUGAUGACAACAUGUUCCUGCAAGUUCCUUCUAAGAAAUUCCUCGCAGAACUCAUGAAAAGACUCGAAACAGAAAUAAAUAAAAUUUCUGUCACUUUUUCGAUUUCAAAACAAAGUGAAGAGAUCAUUACAUUUUGUUGCCAGUGUUUAGGCUUUGUAGGUGAUGUUAUUAAGAAUGUUUACAUGAAGACGGGCAUCUUAGUUCUUCCUUCUAAGCCUCCUACAGAACUUUCCAUGCAUUUUGUUGAAAUUUUGAACAACAAGAAAGAAUGGAAAGUUUUUGUUUCGAUUCCAUCGAAUAUUUCUCUUGUUUAUCUCUCUGAGAAUACGAGAGUCUUGUCUGAUAUUGGAAAAGGCCAAGUUGUUGAACAUUUGGCGAAUUUCUCUGAAAGAUUCUACAGAUUCAGAACAAUGCAGUUUUACCACGAAUACCCGAAAGAUUACGACUUCCAGAAGUAUAUGGCUGAUGACGGACUUGUUUCCAAAUGGAAUCCAAACAUUUCUUCCGCACAGUUGUGGAGAAAUGAUUCUGAUUCGAGCGAGGAAUCAAGUGAUGAUGACAUGAAUUACGGCGGAUGGAAAGUAGACACAAACACUUCCCACACUUUCAACAGAUUCGCUCAGAAGAAUCUAUGGAAUCAGGUCAAUACUGGAUCUGGAUAUAAAGGUGACUCUUUCUUUUAG